UAGGACCUCCCGUCUCUCAAUCCACUGAGCCCACCCUACUGCCCCCAAUAAGUUUGUUUCUUGAGCUAUAGAAAAUAAGAGCUCUGUGUUAUUUCUGGCCCCUUUCUCUUCAUUGGUCCUUCCCCCUUUAAGACUAACACAAAGGAAGAUUAUUGAUAAGAGUUCAAGGAUUGGGAAAACCUGACAUUAUGCUGUCAUUACCUGAUUUUCCCUCUGACUCCCAGAGUGACCUUGGAAAAGUCCCCUAACUAUUCUUCCCAGUCACCCUAACCACAUGCAUGCUGUAGUUAAGUAUGGAUUCAGGGAUUUUCAGUUCCCCAAACAAUUAAGGAAAAAGAAAAGGAUUUAUGUUCGUUGUUACGGUAAUAUUCUUACUUGCAUCAUCAAAUUGUUGAGCAACUCUGAUGUUCUAAUAGAAGAGAGAGAAAGAGGCAGAGAUAGAGAGAUAGAGAGAGAGAUGAGGAUACAAGGAGUGGUGGGGAAAAUGUUGUGAGUGAUUCACUAACAUGAAUAUAAGAUCAGAGAAUCCUCUCCACCCCUAGUUAAAUCUUGAAUAUACAUGGGAAAUUACCUCAAAACACAUGGUAGAAUUUAGUGGCUAUGUUGACAUGAGGAAAAGAAACUGUUAGCAGGGGUGAACAAAAGAGAACCAGAGACAAAUAAAAGAAGAAAAAGCAGAAAGAGGGAUAGAGAGAGAGAGUCAGAGAGAAGCAAAAAAAUCAAGAUUGGUAAUUUAGUAGGGAUGGUGUAGUUUGAGAACAAGGCAGGCAGGAAGCAAGGCAGAUAGGAAGGAAGGCAAAAUUGGCAACUUUGGGGUUUCUAGGAGAGAAAUUAGGGAACUAAAACUGGAGAAAGAAAAAAAAUAAUCCAGGUGGAGAAGAAUUUGGCAUCUGAGAGGAAAGGACUGAAGAAAAGAAAAUUAGGUUUUUGAGUCAUGAUGCAAGAAUCUGGGCCUGAGACAAAAAGCAACGGUUCAGCCAUUCCGAAUGGAGCAGGCAGCGGCAACCACUUACUGGAGUGCGGCAGCCUUCGAGAAGGGAGAGCAAAUGGCGAGACCCCAUCCGGGGAGAUUGGUGCAGCGGAUUUAGCGCAUAUCCAGCAGCAGCAGCAAGAAGCUCUUCAGGUGGCAAGACAGCUUCUUCUACAACAGCAACAAGUUAGUGGAUUAAAGUCCCCCAAGAGGAAUGACAAACAGCCAGCCCUUCAGGUUCCAGUGUCAGUGGCUAUGAUGACACCUCAAGUUAUCACUCCCCAGCAAAUGCAGCAGAUCCUCCAGCAACAAGUGCUUACUCCCCAACAGCUCCAGGUCCUGCUUCAGCAACAGCAGGCACUCAUGCUUCAACAGCAACAGCUUCAAGAGUUUUACAAAAAACAACAGGAACAGUUACAGCUCCAACUUUUACAACAACAACAUGCUGGAAAACAGCCUAAAGAGCAACAGCAGGUGGCGGCUACCCAGCAGUUGGCCUUUCAGCAACAGCUCUUACAGAUGCAACAGUUACAGCAGCAACACCUUCUGUCCUUGCAGCGCCAGGGCCUGCUAACCAUUCAGCCUGGACAGCCUGCCCUUCCCCUCCCACCUCUUGCUCAAGGCAUGAUUCCAGCCGAACUGCAGCAACUCUGGAAAGAAGUGACAGGCUCGCAUCCAGCAGAAGAAACCCCGAGCAGCAACCAUAGCAGCUUGGAUCUGUCUUCUUCAUGCGUCACCACCUCCUCUGCACCUUCCAAGACCUCCUUAAUCAUGAACCCCCACGCCUCCACCAAUGGGCAGCUAGCAGCCGUCCAUACCCCUAAAAGAGAGAGUUUAUCCCACGAAGAUCACCCCCAUAGCCACCCACUCUACGGACAUGGCGUAUGCAAGUGGCCAGGCUGUGAAGCAGUGUGUGAAGAUUUCCAAUCAUUUCUAAAACAUCUCAACAAUGAGCAUGCGCUGGACGAUAGGAGUACAGCUCAAUGUAGAGUACAGAUGCAGGUUGUACAGCAGUUAGAGCUCCAGCUUGCAAAAGACAAAGAGCGCCUACAAGCAAUGAUGACCCACCUCCAUGUGAAGUCAACUGAACCCAAAGCCACCCCUCAGCCUUUGAAUUUGGUGUCAAGUGUCACACUCUCCAAAACAGCAUCAGAGGCUUCUCCACAGAGCUUACCUCAUACUCCUACUACCCCCACUACACCCAUCACUCCCGUCACCCAAGGACCUUCAGUCAUCACUACCACCAGCAUGCACAACGUGGGACCCAUCAGGAGGCGGUACUCAGAUAAAUACAAUGUGCCCAUUUCUUCAGCAGACAUCGCGCAGAACCAAGAAUUUUAUAAGAAUGCAGAAGUUAGACCACCCUUUACGUAUGCAUCUUUAAUUAGGCAGGCUAUUCUUGAAUCUCCAGAAAAGCAACUAACCCUAAAUGAAAUCUAUAACUGGUUCACCCGAAUGUUUGCUUACUUCCGGCGUAAUGCAGCAACGUGGAAGGGUGCCAUUCGCACCAACCUCUCCCUGCAUAAGUGCUUUAUCAGAGUAGAGGAUGAGUUUGGGUCCUUUUGGACUGUUGAUGAUGAAGAGUUUAAACGUGGCCGCCAUAUUCAACGAGGCCGUCCUCGAAAAUACUGCCCUGAUGAAAACUUUGACGAGCUUGUUGCACAUAACCCUUCUCUUAUUAAAAAUAUACAGAGCAGCCACGCCUACUGUACACCUCUCAAUGCUGCUUUACAGGCUUCGAUGGCUGAAAAUAGUAUACCUCUCUACACUACUGCUUCCAUGGGAAAUCCCACUCUGGGCAAUUUAGCCAGUGCUAUGAGGGAAGAGCUAAAUGGCGCAAUGGAGCAUACAAACAGUAACGAGAGUGACAGUAGCCCCGGCCGUUCCCCUAUGCAAGCAAUGCACCCAGUGCAUGUCAAAGAGGAACCUUUAGAUCCAGAUGAGAAUGAAGGUCCGCUCUCCUUAGUGACAACAGCCAACCACAGUCCAGAUUUUGACCACGACAGAGAUUAUGAAGAUGAACCUGUAAAUGAGGACAUGGAGUGAAUGUCUAAAUAUCCUUAUCCUGAGAAUGAAGAUUGGGGAAAAAAAAACAAAACAAAACAAAACAAAAAAAAACAAAAAAACAGAAACAAAACAAGUCAAAGCCCGCUGUGAAAUCUCUCCAUUAUUGUACAGUCUGGGGGAUUUUCACUCCAUUUUGACAACUCUGAAAUGUGUUAACUCUUAGUGCCAUCAAGUAUCCCAUUUGGGAGUAUUUUUGAUUUUUCUACUUUUUGUUGAAAAAAGGAAUUUGUACUCUGUGCAUUGGAUGGACUUGUUUGGUACUUGGGAUUUUCCUCUCUUACAGUCAACAUCAGUGUUGUAAAUUUGCUAAACUGAUUCACUUACAUUAAGCAGCAGACUUUGGACUGCAGUCCUGCCAAUCACGGACACUGAGGACGUCAAACUGAGCAUGUUCACCUAAUUGCAGAUGAAGCCUUUGCCCAGAUUUUAAGGAUUCCAAUGGACCACAUAUUUGCACAGUACUUACUGCAUGUUGAUUAUCACUGCCUUUACUCCAUUUUUUUUUUUUUUUUGCUUCCAUUUGGGAUGGGGAAGGCCUCUGUGUGUGUAUUGGGGGGUGGGGUUAAAGAAUAAUUAUCCCAAACUUUUUAAUGUAUUGCUUUUUUUUUUUUUUGGCUUCUACUAUACCAUUUUAAGUUCUGACCUCAGGCCUCAACUUGGGCCCAGGGCCUCUUUGAGGCUUUAAUGUUUUCUGUACUCUGUGAUGAAUGUUAAUAGGUGUUUUUAUUAUACAAAGCUGAAUGUCAUUUUCUUGUUUGUAGUUUUCUGUCAUUCAUUCCAAUUUCCUUCAGAUAGCACCCAUGUUUUCUUUAAAUUCAGAAAACAUUCCGUUUUGGUCUUUGCAAGAAGGUCCCAAAUGCUGCACUCUACCCGAUGAAGGUUGUCCAACUCGAAAGGAUGAAAUCCUGCGAGCAUGAGAAUGAAUGACAGACAGACAGAGAAAAACACUGUAGGAAGCAACGCAGAUUCAUUCCACAAAGCAGUAUUUGGGAAUUUUGUCUUGGGGUUGUUUUCUCGGCAGCCACGGCGCUCGGUAAUCCAUGCCCCAUCCUUUGGAACAUCACCACGAUAUUUAGCACCAGUUGAAUUCAUUCCAUAGCAGCUAGGAUGUAUCAAGAGCCUCCUCUGUAUGUGUGUCAGGCACUGUGCUAGGCACCGAGGACACACAGACGAGAGUGCGACGGCGGGCACUCUCUCUUUUUGACACAAGUCGGGAUGCACCGACAGCUCUCCGAAGUAGUUUUAAGGAUCUGUGUAGGGGAACCCCCCCCCCUAAUGGGUUACUUUGUCUGCAAAGUGGUGAAAAAUGUCAUAGACUUCACAAAAAAAAAAUACCAUUCCUGAAAGUAGUGGUGUUAUAACUUAAUUUAGGCAAUCCAUCCAUUAAGGACUGCUUGGUGGCAUUAAUCUGCUUGAAUGCAAAUUAGAUUUCAGAUUGAACUUGUUAUGGAAAUUGUUAAGGACUGAGCCCAGGAAAUGUUGAAGUGUUCAUGAUUCCGAUUGUGCACAUUCUGUACCGCAGUUUCGUGGGUUACGCAAUAGGACGAUGCCAGCCCGUCUCACGCGCUCAGAGCGAGAGAUGUGGCGCCGGUCUCGGGACUGGGGCUUUGGCCAUUUGGACCUCGGCAGUUCUCGUCACGCACAAGGCAUAGAGAAGGCUGGAAUUCUCGGUCAGUCACCUCAGUCACUGAACACCUGAGCAUGUUCAUUCUGCAACCACUUUUGUCACUCAGUUAUUUAUGUAGGAUGGUAGUUUAUUUUUUAUUUUAGUUUGAAAGCCUUUCAGAGCUUAAUUUAUAUUCUCCUUUGUACUUUUUUUUCUAAAAUUACCAAAGAUAUUACACAAAGGUAAAUUAUGUUCUCUGUUAUAUGCUUUAUCUUAUGAAGCCAAAUAUCCUCUUAUUGUUGAUCAAAGGAGGUGAAAGAUUUAGAGGGAAACGACAAGAUAUGGGCUAUUGCUAACCUGAGAGAGAACUGCUCCUUUAUUCUAUAAUAAAUUUAGAAGGCCAAGUAGGUAAUGGAACCAAAGUUGU